GAAAGCUGAUAUUGAGGUGCUGUGUGUACACAGCAGUCCUUAUGAAGAGCAUGGUGAAUAUCAGGAGUGUUCUCAGUACUAUGAUAUUCCUGAAAAGGAUCAAGUAGAAAACUGUAAUGCUUCUGAACAAAGAAACCCUUCUGAGCAAAGUGUAACCUGCUCUCAGCUUCAUGAGCCAUCCGUGUACAGCAGAUACAUGGAACAAUCUGACUGCCAUGGACACCUUGCUGUUCACCACAAUGACUCUGUGUUCAAUGAAAAACCUGUGGACUCUGACAGACCUCAUAAGCCUGGUGAACUUUUUGCAGUAUCAAACCAUGAGCACUGCUCUGAAUACAAUAGACCUUCUGAAGAAUGUGGUUAUUCUGAAGAAAGCAAAACACAUGAAAACUGUACAGAGCAUUGUGAGCCCUCUGAAAAAAGCAAGACACCUGAGAAUUGUGAAGAGCACAGGGAAUUUCGUGGACAAGGCAAUCUGCCUAAGCACUGUGCUGAACACAUUGAGUCAUCUGAGAAUUAUGAACCUGAUAAACAAGGUAAGUUGCCUGAACAUCAUGCUGAGCACAGAAUGCCUUUCAAAAAUUUUGAAAAUUAUGAACAAGUUCAAAAUUGUGAGCACGAUUGUAAACAAAAAACAUUGCUACAGCUUUGCGCUGAUGAACGUGAACAUUCUGAACCAAGUAAGCUGGAGCUCUACACUGAAGAUGGUGAACCUUUUGAACACCACAAAAGUUCCGAACAAAUCAAAUUGUUGGAGUACCAUGCUGAACACAAUGAAAUUUCUGAGCAAAUCAAAUCACUGGAGCACUAUGAUGAAGAAGGAGAACCUUCUGAACACGGUGAAAAUUCUGAGCAAAGCAAAUUGUUGGAGCAAUGUGCUGAACACAGUGACCUAUCUGGACACAAUGAAAUUUCUCAACAAAGCAUAUCACUGGAGCUCUGUGCUGAAGAAUGCGAACCUUCUGAACACAGUGAAACUUCUCUGCUGUGUAAGUCAUUGAAGAUAUAUUCUAGAACUGCUCUAACUUCUAAAUGCAGUCAACCUUUAGAACAAUUAAAGUCAUGUGAGAUGUAUACAGGAGACUACAAACCUCAAUCCAGUAAAAUUCCUCAACCAACCAAGCUGUUAGAACAUUGUACUGAAGACAGUGAACCCUCUGAACACAAUGAAGCUUCUGCACAAACCGAGUUAUUGGAGCUCUGUGCUGAAGAUACCGAACCUUCUGAACGAAGUGAGCCUUCUGAACAAAUGAGGUUGCAGAUCUGUGCUGAAGAUUGCGACCCCUCUGAACAAUCAGGGUACCUAAAUCUUGUUUACCAGAGUAGAGAUCCUGAAGAUGAUGAACUCAUUUAUGAAAAUGAGGACCCCGAGACCUGUGACUGUGAUUUCUGUGUUGUGUCUGUAGAACAGGUUCCAGCAAAGCCGCUCCUCCAUCAAAUAAAGUCAGAAGAUGUGGGCAAGAUAUGUGUGGUCCUUGAUCUGGAUGAAACACUUGUGCACAGUUCGUUCAAGCCUGUGAACGAUGCAGAUUUUAUCAUUCCAGUGGAAAUAGAUGGAACGGUUCACCAGGUGUACGUGCUGAAACGUCCCCACGUGGAUGAGUUUCUCAAGCGGAUGGGGGAGAUGUUUGAGUGCGUGCUCUUCACUGCAAGUCUGGCAAAGUACGCGGACCCCGUGUCGGACGAGCUGGACAGGUGGGGGGCGUUCCGGAGCCGGCUCUUCCGAGAGUCUUGCGUGUUCCACCGGGGAAACUACGUCAAGGACUUGAGCCGCCUGGGAAGGGACCUCAACAAGGUCAUCAUCGUGGACAACUCUCCGGCCUCCUACGUCUUCCACCCAGACAAUGCAGUGCCAGUUGCCUCUUGGUUCAACGACAUGUCCGACACACAGCUGCUCGACCUGAUUCCGUUCUUUGAGAGACUCAGCAAAGCUGAGGACGUCUACACCAUUCUUAAAGAUCAAACGCUGUAAGCCAAAGCAGCCAGCCAUCCAGCCAUUCUUGAUCACCGGACGGCAGGAGUUGUGCUCCGUCCUACCCAGAAUUCCAUACGAAGGAAGUGUGUCGGACAGGAGCCGAAACAGGAAGAGGAGCAGUGGACCGUAGGCAAACUGCUACCAAGUGGCUUGUACAUCAGACUUAACUGCUGGAUAUGCUCUUCCUUUGUUUCAUUAAAGGGCAGCCUGUGGGGCAUUGGUUAGAGGUGUCACUUAGUAACUGAAGGCCCGAGGUUUGAAUUCCACCUCUUGCUCAAGGUACUUACACUCAACUGACACAUUACCUAGCCAUAUACAUUGGUAAAUGAGUGUAAGUAGUUGAACGCUGUAAGCGGCUUUGGAGAAAAAUAUCAGAUAACUGAAUAAAUCACUAAAAUAAUUAAUACCCCUCUUUCGGAAGCAUAGUGGAGGGGGGACGUCCCGCUUGAUUUACUGCUCAUGUUGCUGGUUUCUCAGGUUGAGAUCCACAAAUUCCCAUGAUGCCCCUGUUCAUAUGGACUUAUCUCUAAUAUCUAAAUCAAAACCCUAAGAUGAUGAAAGGAAACAGCCUCCAUCAGUGGACGCAUUUGGACAUACCAGUGUGGGCACUCCUGUGACAAUGUCCCUUUAUUACAUAUCAGCAUUAAUGUUUGACGUGAGCCAGUUAGUUGUUUUUGUUGCUAUGAAUGAUUUUUAAAAACAUUUUUUGUGAUAAGUAAGUGAUAAAAACCCACUUUGUGUCUUUGUUUUCUACCUAAGAUGAUCUCAGCAGGUGUUUGUUUUCAACAGCCACGGUGUCUCCAAAUUUGUCUUUUCUCUCCAAGUACUUGAACCGGAAAAUUCUUCCUUUUGUUGCCUUUUGAGCUGUUUUGCAUAAGAAAUGUUUGCGGACGCACUGCAACGAGUAUGUUUUUGGAGGCUUUAAACACACCCUUGUAACUAAAGUAAAUCCAUACUUACCAGGGCUGUACCUAUUGUGACUUCUGAAAGAGCUUCUUUCGGCCAACAUGUCAGACUUCCCCUAGCUAGCAAAUUAUUAUUAAACAUUAUUAAAUACAUUACUAAAGAGCACAUUUUCUCUGUCGCAGGACAAACUGAGUGUUUGAGUGUUCUGGCGCCAGGCGUGACGUUUCUGCUCAGGGCCGUUCUGGGGUCUCAGGAAUAUCGACUGCAGGCUGAAUGUCUUGUGUUUUUAGUGAUGCUGUUUUAGUAUCUGCCAAAGGUUUUGUCUCAUUUGACUACUGAUUUGUUUACCAAAGUCUACAGAUCUGUGUUUUCGUUUUAUUUAGUAGUAAAUAGUCUCUAAAAGACGCUUAUUCAUAAAA